UCCGUCGCGUUCCGCGCUCAGCCUCGGUUCCCGCAGCCCAGCACCGCCACCCGAAGCGGGCCACCUCUCCGCCUUACCGCUUCUCGCUACCGAGCUCCCCGGGGUCCCGGGCUCCGAUCCGGUUCGGUCCCUCCGGGUGCCGAGGCGAAGCGAAGCUCGGAGCCGGCGGGUCUCGGGAGGGCCCCGAGCCGAGGGGGUUAAACCGGGAGCUUCCCCUUACCUUCAAAAAGUUAAAAAUGUCUGGAGCCUGCAUCUCUUAAAGGGGCGGUGCUGGCUGCAAGGAGUCUUGGCACCGGCUGCGAGAAAGGCUGGUCAGGGGCGUGAGUUCCCCUCCACCAGCACCAAAACAUUGCAAAAAAAGGCAGAGCGCCCCACACUUUAGAUAAGGACAAUUAGCCACCAGCGAGCCCCUGCAGACAGCGAGUUAAUUAGGGGUUUCCUGCUCUCCGGCAUGCCCUGUCCCAGCUCCUGCCCCCCCGGGCUCCUAGCGCUGAUGGCACCUGGGCUGGCCCUCAUGGCCACCUUCUCGCUGCCCUCCCAGGCCGGGGACAGGAGAGCGCUGCCGGUGGAGAAAUCUCCAGGUGUGAAGGGAAGGACUCUCAUUCUCCUUGAUGUCAACACCAAGAGCCCUGUCAGGAUAAUCAGUGAGAAUUUCCUCUCCCUGCAGCUGGACCCCUCCAUCAUUCAUGAUGGCUGGCUCGAUUUCUUAAGCUCCCGGCGGCUGGUGACCCUGGCGAGGGGCCUGGCCCCCGCCUUCCUGCGCUUCGCGGGCAAGAGGACGGACUUUCUGCAGUUCCACAACGUGAAGAACCCGGCCAAGAGCCGCGGCGGGCCCGGCCCCGAUUACUACCUCAAGAACUACGAGGACGACAUUGUUCGCAGUGACAUUGCCCUGGAUAAGCAGAAAGGCUGUAAGAUCGCCCAGCAUCCUGACAUAAUGUUGGAGCUACAGAGGGAAAAGGCAGCUCAGAUGCACUUGGUUUUGUUAAAGGAGCAGUUUUCAAACACAUACAGCAACCUCACACUAACAGCCAGGUCUCUAGACAAACUCUAUAACUUUGCUGACUGCUCUGGCCUUCACCUGAUCUUUGCACUGAAUGCUCUGCGUCGAAAUCCCAAUAACUCUUGGAACAGCUCCAAUGCACUCAGCCUGCUGAAGUACAGUGCCAGCAAGAAAUACAACAUCUCCUGGGAGCUGGGCAAUGAGCCCAAUAACUACCGGACCUUGAUUGGCCGCUCAGUGAACGGCAGCCAGCUGGGGAAGGACUACAUUCAGCUGAGGAGCCUGCUGCAGCUCAUCCGUACCUAUUCCAGAGCAAACCUCUAUGGGCCGAACAUUGGAAGACCCAGGAAGAAUGUCAUGGCUCUCUUGGAAGGGUUCAUGAAAGUGGCUGGCAGCACAGUGGAUGCUGUUACCUGGCAACAUUACUACAUCGAUGGCCGAGUGGCCAAAGUGACCGACUUCCUGAAAACACGCCUGCUAGACACACUGUCUGACCAGAUCAGGAAAAUCCAGAAAGUUGUGAACACAUACACACCGGGCAAGAAGAUCUGGCUGGAAGGCGUUGGUGCUACCUCUGCUGGAGGCAUGAACAACCUCUCCGAUUCCUAUGCGGCCGGGUUCCUGUGGCUGAACACACUGGGCUUGCUGGCCAGCCAAGGCAUUGAUGUAGUGGUGCGGCACUCCUUCCUUGACCAUGGCCACAACCACCUGGUGGACCAGAACUUCAACCCCCUGCCGGACUACUGGCUGUCCCUGCUGUACAAGCGGCUCAUCGGACCCAAGGUGCUGGCCAUCCACGUGGCCGGUCUGCAAAGGAAGCCCCGGCCGGGCAGGGUGAUCCGUGACAAGCUCCGCAUUUACGCCCACUGCACCAGCUCCCACAACCACAACUACGUGCGGGGCUCCAUCACCCUGUACAUCAUCAACCUGCAUCGCUCCCGGAAGAAAAUCAAGCUGGCGGGGACGCUGCGGGAUAAGAUGGUCCACCAGUACCUGCUGCAGCCCUACGGCAAAGAUGGGCUGCACUCCAAGUCGGUGCAGCUCAACGGGCAGCCUCUGGCCAUGGUGGACGACGGGACCCUCCCCGAGCUAAAGCCCCGGCCGCUGCGGGCCGGCCGCACGCUGGUCAUCCCCCCACUGACCAUGAGCUUCUACGUGGUGAAGAACGUGAACGCGUUGGCCUGCCGCUACCGAUAGCCCGCGGCCCGCAACGGACCCACCGCUCGCUCCCCGGGACGCGCUGCUCCUCGGCAGCACGGCGCGGGCACCGCAUCGCCCUCCUCCCCAAUGCCCGGACGCCCUCCAGCCCGGCACCCUCUGCCCCCACCCGUGCCCGCACCGCCCCGCGCACUGACGGCGGGGCUGCGGGGCUCCAGCGGGAGGGUCGGGGCCGCGUGCGGGGAGCUCGCAGCGAGCAUGGAAGCAGCUCCCUCUGCUGCCGCUGCGAGCGCGGCCCGGACGCCGUGGGACGGGGGGAGCCGCGCGGGCGGGGCCACGGCUGUAAAUGUUGGUAAUUAAGUUAAUGAGGCCCGCGGUGACGGGGAGCUCCUCGCCGUGCCAGGCGGAGGCGGCUCAGGCUGUGGGAGCGGGGGGUGCGGGCUGGAGCAGCCGGGACGCACCGCGACGGAACGUGAGGGGUAAUAAAGCUGCGCUGCCCA